UGUUGGGAUAUAUUAUCCCGGCCUAUUACUGUUCAGGAGCCCAAGACAUUAUCCAGUACGGAGCCCGAGCAGCUAGGCCCAUUUCGGCCCAUUAGGCCCGAUAUUGGCCCGUUUGGCCCAUUAGGGUGGAGAACACCCUUUCCCUUUGUCUAUAAAUAGGGAGCUUAGCCUCCAUGUAAAGGAUCCCCUUUUUGAUCCCUUUUCCUUCUUUCUCCUUCUCUCUAGAAUAGCUUGCAAGACUCCAUUAAUGGGAGCUCAAAAUGUACUUUGUAAUGGUGAGGAGAGUCCUAAUGAGAAUGAGAGGGCUUGGACAUUAGCCUAAAAAGUCCCGUGGUUUUCUCCCUUUCGGGUUUCCACGUAAAAAUAGUUUGUUCAUACACAUUUAUACAUAUAUUUACUAUAUCGUGUUGGAUUAAACUCAACACUGGCGCCGUCUGUGGGAAUCAGUUCAAAAAGAUUACAUGUGUUCUUCAGUUUUUGUGAAAAGAGUGAUCCGAAGAACUGAUUUUCGACAAAAUGCAAACAAAAAAUGAUUCUGGAAAAAGGAUAAAUCCGCAAGAUCUUCAGAUCUGGAAUUUCGGAAGUCUGGGCCCGUCGGAGCUCUGUCAGCAACCACGCUGCCGCCAUGAGCCAUUCGCUGCUGCUCCUUGGCUAGCUGGAAGUUCCAGAUCUUACUCGAGGUCGCCGGAGCCUCCAUCACCGUCCUUGCCGCCGUCGAACCGCCGGUGGGCUUGCCUGCACCAGACGAAACUCACCGCAGCACUCCAGACCUCGUUAUCCUCGCUCCUAGUGAAGCUCCGUCUGCAACACGGGAGCUCGUCGCCGGCAGCUGAUUCUGCCGCCUGAGCCGCCACGCCGCCGCUCGUCCUCGGCGUCCCACCGUAUGCCGCUCCCCGACUGGUCGGUCUCUGCUUGAGCCAUCACCAGCCACUCCCCCGAUGCGGCCUGAGGGAUAUUCUGACUGGGACCUCUUGAUACCCGCCAUUAACGGCGGCUUGGAGCUCAGGAAGGUAUACUAUGUAGCCCAGCCGAUUUUCCAACGGGGGAUAACCCCUCUCGCCGCCCUUGCUCUGCUGCAAUCACCGUAUCCACUGGCACUGCUGUUUUUGGUGUUGGUUAAUGGAGUAUGUUCAUUUGGUUGCAAACGGGCCACGUCCGUAGAGAUGAUUACAGAGAACAGGGCCUCAGUUGCCAAACGAAGGCAAAGUCAAACUUGGCACCAGGUUUAUGGAGGGAUUGACCAAGUCAAAAUGGGCUCUCUCUAGCUUGGGCUUUGGUAGCACGGUGUGCGUACUCCAUGGGUUGAAUAAUUUUGACCAAAAUCCAUACAAUGGAUGCAAUCUGGUCCCACAAAAUGGCAUGGCUGCCCGAGCCUCCCUUCUAAAGCUAAGUGCUCUAACUCAACCUUUUAUUAAAGCACGUAACUAGUAAGGGAGUAGAAAUAUUGCUAGUAUUUUUAUCCAUCAUUUAUUACGCGAUAUAAUCUCCCGAAAUAAAUAAUGUCGAGCAAAAUUCAAGUGAGUAAAGCUCUAGUGAUAACUAGUUUCACCGUCAUUUAAAUUUAAUGACUGGUUGUUGUGGGCCCGUCGGCCCGCUCCUGAUCGGCUUUAAUUAGCGAACGGAGCAUAUCUGAAUGACCUAUCAUAGGAUAAUAUCAGUAUUAUUGCCUGUACAUCACUAUUAUUUAUUAGGGAUAAAAUGUCCCGAAUUGAAUAAUGUGGAGCGAAGCUCUGGUGAUGGUUGGUUCAGCCAACAUUUUAUUGAAUAUUUAAUUUCUUGUGGGCCUGUUGGCCCACUCUCGAUCAGCUUGAUUAAGUGAUCCGAGCGUCUCCAGAAGGGUGAUGACCCGACGACGCAUUUUAAUUUGAGGGUUGUGCAUUGGUCCGCAUGGCACUACGUGCCCGAUCGACGAUCAUACCCCAAUGUAAUCUACGCCAUUAGGCGCGAAGUGACUAUUGCCAGACGCGGCCUGUGGGGCCCCGAGGGCGCCAAAGCGCUCGGCCUCGUGUUUCCGAGGGCGGUGCGACCAACUUGGGUCUGAGUUUGAAAACUCACAGACCGAUGAAUAUCUCUGUGUGACAUUCGGCGGGCUGCUAAUUGGCCCCGCCGCGAGCUGCUACGUCCCUUAACCCCGCACGAUGAGCCGGGCCGAGGGUCACGAUGACCCAUAGGCCGAUAAUCGUGGAUGUAAAGAUAAAGCCAUGCAGAUGGUUAUGUGUGCAUAUUUAUUGUCGGGCCGUGCGGCCCGUUACCAUGCUUAUUGCGCAGCUGAAGCCACUCGAUGUGCUCGAGCGGAAUGAUUAGAAGACGCUCGGCCCGAGUCCUGAAGACGUGCAGGGCCGACUAAAGAGGAGACCAUCACGGCUGAGGACCGUGAGACGAGCAUCUCCACCUAGAGGCCGAGGGCCUAGAGGAGACCACCACGGUUGAGAGCAGUGGGACGAGCAUCUCCACCCCAGAGACCGAUGGCCUAGGAAGAACACCUAGAGGCCGAGGUCUAGAGGCGAAUGCCAUGACAAAGAACCGUGAGACGAUCAUCCAUCAUUCAGAGGCCGAGGGCCUAGAGGAGACCAUCACGGCCGAGGGCCGUGAGACCAUCCUUACAUCAGGUCGGCCUCCCAUUGCCGACACUAUGAUAUCACGACCGGCCUCUCGGCACGGCGUGUGUUCCAUACUUGAAGACCGGCCUCGUCCUCGCUCCUCGCGGAUGAGAGCCGUUGCUUGAUUCUUUCCGGUCGGCCUCUCAUUGCCGACACCAUUAUACCACGACCGGCCUCUCGGCUCGGCGUGCUUAUCUUUUGAAGACCGGCCUCGUCCCCGCCCUCACGGACGAGGACCGUUGCUUGAUUUUCUCAGAUCGGCCGCUCAUUGCCGACACCAUUAUACCACGACCGGCCUCUCGGCUCGGCGUGCUUGUCUUCUGAAGAUCGGCCUUGUCCCCGCCACCUUGCGGACAAGGACCGUUGUUUGAUUCUUUCAGGUCGGCUUCUCACUGCCGACACUAUCAUGUUAUGUUCGGCCUCUCGGCACGACAUAUUUAUCUUUUGAAGACCGGUUUCAUCCCCGCGCUGCGUUGGAUGAGAGCCGUUGCUCGGAUAUAUCGGCCUGACCGGACACUAUUGCCAUCUCCAUUAUCAGGACCGACUGCCCAGCGACAUUAUGAUCAUUGUAUAUCGGCUCCCAAUGCCGACCUUCUUGAGUUAGCGAUCGGGCUCACCCCUCCCUUCAGGAGGGUGGCCAUCGCCUUCGCAUGACGACCAGCAUUACCAUCGCCUCGUCAUCCUAUUCAUUUUGAUAUCCCACCACCAUUAUGUGUGACAUCACUUGUGGUCAUUCUUAGAACCGAUGAACGUAUUUUCCUCCUUCAAAAAAAAAAAAAAAAAAGAGAGAAAAAAGAAAAGAUGGGGAGAAGGGGAGACGAGAUCCUAUGAGAGAGGGAGUCUUGACGAGGUAUGCCUGAUCUUCCUUCGCCGCGUAUGACGAACGUCUCCCGACGCGGAGGUUAGUAGAACGUGGGGGAGGCUAGACGUACCAAAGGGAACCUCGGCAGGAUAAACCAGUUCCUCCCAUUUCCCGUGGAUCGAUAACACCUUCUGCCAAAGCAGAAGGCUAGUAGGGCCACGAGCAUGGGACGACGAAGCAGGGAAUCCCGACGUGGAUAAACCUGUUCCUCCUUGCGAUCGUUGGAUGACCAAACUUCUUCUUCGAAGUAAGAAGAUUAGUUGGACCACGACAGGGACGAACGAAGAAUAGGGAAUCCCGACGUGGAUAAACCUGUUCCUCCUUGCGAUCGUUGGAUGACCGAACGUCUUCUUCGAAGUAAGAAGAUUAGUAGGACCACGACAGGGACGAACGAAGAAUUGGGAAUCCCGACGUGGAUAAACCUGUUUCUUCUCAUAGUUGGGAUGACGAACGUCUCCUGCGAAACCAGGAGACCAGUACUCACGAGACUUGGGAAGAACAAAGAUCGAGUUCUUUACCGGAGUCCGAUUGCGUGCCGAGUGUACACCGCUUAGCGGUCCAUACAUAGGACCACGGAUACGGUAGACGAACGAAGACCAGCUCCAUGGACCAGACACGCAGGACCAGUUCUCCACCGGAGUCUGUUGCGUACCGAGUGUACACCGCUUAGCGGUCCGUACAUAGGACCACGGAUACGGUAGACGAACGACGAUUAGCUCCCCAGAUCAGGUAGGAGGGACAUCGCCCGGAUUUAUUUCAGGCUCACCAUUCCUUCCCGGAUGGAGUCCUGGCAGACGAUAAGCUUCUCACAGCCAAUCAGGAGAGAGACUUGACACAUCACCAGCACGGCCGAGGGCCAUGAGACGAUUACCACUCACCGAGAGGCCGAAGGCCAUGAGAUGAUCAUCACUAUUUUUUUGUAUCACGAUCGGCCCCUCAGCGCCAUCGUGUCCAGAUUCGCGGUUCGGCUCGCCCAUUCCCUCCAGGAUGGCGACGACCGUCUUAUGCAGUACGAUCGGCCCCUCAGCGCCAUCGUACCCAGCUCACGUUCAGCUCGUCCAUUCCCUUCCAGGGUGGCGACGGACGUCUUAUGCAUCACGAUCGGCCCCUCAGCGCCAUCGUGUCCAGAUUCACGGUUCGGCUCGCCCAUUCCCUUCCAGGGUGGCGACGGACGUCUUAUGCAUCACGAUCGGCCCCUCAGCGCCAUCGUGUCCUGAUUCACGGUUCGGAUCGCCCAUUCCCUCCAGGAUGGCGACGACCGUCUUAUGUAGUACGAUCGGCCCCUCAGCGCCAUCGUACCCAGCUCACGUUCAGCUUGUCCAUCCCUUCCAGGGUGGCGACGGACGUCUUAUGCAUCACGAUCGGCCCCUCAGCGCCAUCGUGUCCUGAUUCACGGUUCGGAUCGCUCAUUCCCUUCCAGGGUGGCGACGGACGUCUUAUGCAUCACGAUCGGCCCCUCAGCGCCAUCAUGUCCUGAUUCACGGUUCGGAUCGCCCAUUCCCUCCAAGAUGGCGACGACCGUCUUAUGCAGUACGAUCGGCCCCUCAGCGCCAUCGUACCCAGCUCACGUUCAGCUCGUCCAUUCCCUCCAGGAUGGUGACGAACGUCUUAUGCAGUACGAUCGGCCCCUCAGCGCCAUCGUACCCAGCUCACGUUCAGCUCGUCCAUUCCCUCCAGGAUGGCGACGAACGUCUUAUGCAUCACGAUCGGCCCCUCAGCGCCAUCGUGUUCUGAUUCACGGUUCGGAUCGCCCAUUCCCUCCAGGAUGGCGACGACCGUCUUAUGCAGUACGAUCGGCCCCUCAGCGCCAUCGUACCCAGCUCGCGGUUCGGCUCGCCCAUUCCCUCCAGGAUGGCGACGAACGUCUUAUGCAUCACGAUCGGCCCCUCAGCGCCAUCGUGUCCAGAUUCGCGGUUCGGCUCGCUCAUUCCCUCCAGGAUGGCGACGACCGUCUUAUGCAGUACGAUCGGCCCCUCAGCGCCAUCGUGUCCAGACUCAUGGUUCGGCUCGCCCAUUCCCUCCAGGAUGGCGACGACCGUCUUAUGCAGUACGAUCGGCCCCUCAGCGCCAUCGUACCCAGCUCACGUUCAGCUCGUCCAUUCCCUUCCAGGGUGGCGACGGACGUCUUAUGCAUCACGAUCGGCCCCUCAGCGCCAUCGUGUCCAGAUUCACGGUUCGGCUCGCCCAUUCCCUUCCAGGGUGGCGACGGACGUCUUAUGCAUCACGAUCGGCCCCUCAGCGCCAUCGUGUCCUGAUUCACGGUUCGGAUCGCCCAUUCCCUCCAGGAUGGCGACGACCGUCUUAUGCAGUACGAUCGGCCCCUCAGCGCCAUCGUACCCAGCUCACGUUCAGCUUGUCCAUCCCUUCCAGGGUGGCGACGGACGUCUUAUGCAUCACGAUCGGCCCCUCAGCGCCAUCGUGUCCUGAUUCACGGUUCGGAUCGCCCAUUCCCUCCAAGAUGGCAACGACCGUCUUAUGCAGUACGAUCGGCCCCUCAGCGCCAUCGUACCCAACUCACGUUCAGCUCGUCCAUUCCCUCCAGGAUGGCGACGAACGUCUUAUGCAGUACGAUCGGCCCCUCAGCGCCAUCGUACCCAGCUCACGUUCAGCUCGUCCAUUCCCUCCAGGAUGGCGACGAACGUCUUAUGCAUCACGAUCGGCCCCUCAGCGCCAUCGUGUCCUGAUUCACGGUUCGGAUCGCCCAUUCCCUCCAGGAUGGCGACGACCGUCUUAUGCAGUACGAUCGGCCCCUCAGCGCCAUCGUACCCAGCUCGCGGUUCGGCUCGCCCAUUCCCUCCAGGAUGGCGACGAACGUCUUAUGCAUCACGAUCGGCCCCUCAGCGCCAUCGUGUCCAGAUUCGCGGUUCGGCUCGCUCAUUCCCUUCCAGGGUGGCGACGGACGUCUUAUGCAUCACGAUCGGCCCCUCAGCGCCAUCGUGUCCUGAUUCACGGUUCGGAUCGCCCAUUCCCUCCAAGAUGGCGACGACCGUCUUAUGCAGUACGAUCGGCCCCUCAGCGUCAUCGUACCCAGCUCACGUUCAGCUCGUCCAUUCCCUCCAGGAUGGUGACGAACGUCUUAUGCAGUACGAUCGGCCCCUCAGCGCCAUCGUACCCAGCUCACGUUCAGCUCGUCCAUUCCCUCCAGGAUGGCGACGAACGUCUUAUGCAUCACGAUCGGCCCCUCAGCGCCAUCGUGUCCUGAUUCACGGUUCGGAUCGCCCAUUCCCUCCAGGAUGGCGACGACCGUCUUAUGCAGUACGAUCGGCCCCUCAGCGCCAUCGUACCCAGCUCGCGGUUCGGCUCGCCCAUUCCCUCCAGGAUGGCGACGAACGUCUUAUGCAUCACGAUCGGCCCCUCAGCGCCAUCGUGUCCAGAUUCGCGGUUCGGCUCGCUCAUUCCCUCCAGGAUGGCGACGACCGUCUUAUGCAGUACGAUCGGCCCCUCAGCGCCAUCGUGUCCAGACUCAUGGUUCGGCUCGCCCAUUCCCUCCAGGAUGGCGACGACCGUCUUAUGCAGUACGAUCGGCCCCUCAGCGCCAUCGUACCCAGCUCACGUUCAGCUCGUCCAUUCCCUUCCAGGGUGGCGACGGACGUCUUAUGCAUCACGAUCGGCCCCUCAGCGCCAUCGUGUCCAGAUUCACGGUUCGGCUCGCCCAUUCCCUUCCAGGGUGGCGACGGACGUCUUAUGCAUCACGAUCGGCCCCUCAGCGCCAUCGUGUCCUGAUUCACGGUUCGGAUCGCCCAUUCCCUCCAGGAUGGCGACGACCGUCUUAUGCAGUACGAUCGGCCCCUCAGCGCCAUCGUACCCAGCUCACGUUCACCUUGUCCAUCCCUUCCAGGGUGGCGACGGACGUCUUAUGCAUCACGAUCGGCCCCUCAGCGCCAUCGUGUCCUGAUUCACGGUUCGGAUCGCCCAUUCCCUCCAAGAUGGCGACGACCGUCUUAUGCAGUACGAUCGGCCCCUCAGCGCCAUCGUACCCAGCUCACGUUCAGCUCGUCCAUUUCCUCCAGGAUGGGGACGAACGUCUUAUGCAGUACGAUCGGCCCCUCAGCGCCAUCGUACCCAGCUCACGUUCAGCUCGUCCAUUCCCUCCAGGAUGGCGACGAACGUCUUAUGCAUCACGAUCGGCCCCUCAGCGCCAUCGUGUCCUGAUUCACGGUUCGGAUCGCCCAUUCCCUCCAGGAUGGCGACGACCGUCUUAUGCAGUACGAUCGGCCCCUCAGCGCCAUCGUACCCAGCUCGCGGUUCGGCUCGCCCAUUCCCUCCAGGAUGGCGACGAACGUCUUAUGCAUCACGAUCGGCCCCUCAGCGCCAUCGUGUCCAGAUUCGCGGUUCGGCUCGCUCAUUCCCUUCCAGGGUGGCGACGGACGUCUUAUGCAUCACGAUCGGCCCCUCAGCGCCAUCGUGUCCUGAUUCACGGUUCGGAUCGCCCAUUCCCUCCAAGAUGGCGACGACCGUCUUAUGCAGUACGAUCGGCCCCUCAGCGCCAUCGUACCCAGCUCACGUUCAGCUCGUCCAUUCCCUCCAGGAUGGUGACGAACGUCUUAUGCAGUACGAUCGGCCCCUCAGCGCCAUCGUACCCAGCUCACGUUCAGCUCGUCCAUUCCCUCCAGGAUGGCGACGAACGUCUUAUGCAUCACGAUCGGCCCCUCAGCGCCAUCGUGUCCUGAUUCACGGUUCGGAUCGCCCAUUCCCUCCAGGAUGGCGACGACCGUCUUAUGCAGUACGAUCGGCCCCUCAGCGCCAUCGUACCCAGCUCGCGGUUCGGCUCGCCCAUUCCCUACAGGAUGGCGACGAACGUCUUAUGCAUCACGAUCGGCCCCUCAGCGCCAUCGUGUCCAGAUUCGCGGUUCGGCUCGCUCAUUCCCUCCAGGAUGGCGACGACCGUCUUAUGCAGUACGAUCGGCCCCUCAGCGCCAUCGUGUCCAGACUCAUGGUUCGGCUCGCCCAUUCCCUCCAGGAUGGCGACGACCGUCUUAUGCAGUACGAUCGGCCCCUCAGCGCCAUCGUACCCAGCUCACGUUCAGCUCGUCCAUUCCCUUCCAGGGUGGCGACGGACGUCUUAUGCAUCACGAUCGGCCCCUCAGCGCCAUCGUGUCCAGAUUCACGGUUCGGCUCGCCCAUUCCCUUCCAGGGUGGCGACGGACGUCUUAUGCAUCACGAUCGGCCCCUCAGCGCCAUCGUGUCCUGAUUCACGGUUCGGAUCGCCCAUUCCCUCCAGGAUGGCGACGACCGUCUUAUGCAGUACGAUCGGCCCCUCAGCGCCAUCGUACCCAGCUCACGUUCAGCUUGUCCAUCCCUUCCAGGGUGACGACGGACGUCUUAUGCAUCACGAUCGGCCCCUCAGCGCCAUCGUGUCCUGAUUCACGGUUCGGAUCGCCCAUUCCCUCCAAGAUGGCGACGACCGUCUUAUGCAGUACGAUCGGCCCCUCAGCGCCAUCGUACCCAGCUCACGUUCAGCUCGUCCAUUCCCUCCAGGAUGGUGACGAACGUCUUAUGCAGUACGAUCGGCCCCUCAGCGCCAUCGUACCCAGCUCACGUUCAGCUCGUCCAUUCCCUCCAGGAUGGCGACGAACGUCUUAUGCAUCACGAUCGGCCCCUCAGCGCCAUCGUGUCCUGAUUCACGGUUCGGAUCGCCCAUUCCCUCCAGGAUGGCGACGACCGUCUUAUGCAGUACGAUCGGCCCCUCAGCGCCAUCGUACCCAGCUCGCGGUUCGGCUCGCCCAUUCCCUCCAGGAUGGCGACGAACGUCUUAUGCAUCACGAUCGGCCCCUCAGCGCCAUCGUGUCUAGAUUCGCGGUUCGGCUCGCUCAUUCCCUCCAGGAUGGCGACGACCGUCUUAUGCAGUACGAUCGGCCCCUCAGCGCCAUCGUGUCCAGACUCAUGGUUCGGCUCGCCCAUUCCCUCCAGGAUGGCGACGACCGUCUUAUGCAGUACGAUCGGCCCCUCAGCGCCAUCGUACCCAGCUCACGUUCAGCUCGUCCAUCCCUUCCAGGGUGGCGACGAACGUCUUAUGCAUCACGAUCGGCCCCUCAGCGCCAUCGUGUCCAGACUCACGGUUCGGCUCUCCCAUUCCCUCCAGGAUGGCGACGACCGUCUUAUGCAGUACGAUCGGCCCCUCAGCGCCAUCGUACCCGGCUCACGUUCAGCUCGUCCAUCCCUUCCAGGGUGGCGACGAACGUCUUAUGCAUCACGAUCGGCCCCUCAGCGCCAUCGUGUCCAGAUUCACGGUUCGGCUCUCCCAUUCCCUCCAGGAUGGCGACGACCGUCUUAUGCAGUACGAUCGGCCCCUCAGCGCCAUCGUACCCGGCUCACGUUCAGCUCGUCCAUCCCUUCCAGGGUGGCGACGAACGUCUCGUAUGCAGCACGAUCAGCGCCUCUGUGCCAUCGUGUCUGGCUCGUGUUCGGAUCGCCCAUCCCUUCCAGGAUGACGACGAACAUCUCUUAUGCAGCACAAUCGGCCCCUCCGUGCCAUUGUGUCGGGUUCAUCUCCGGAUUGCCCAUCCCUUCUAGGAUGGCGACGACCAUCUUAUGCAGCACGUCUGCCUCUCGGCGCUGACAUGCCCGGGUUAUCGAUGAGAGCCUCCGCUUUCUAUCGCAUCUCACAUUCCUUCUCUCAUACAUUGCACCCAUACAUUACAUGCAUUCAUGCAUUCAUGCAUCAUACCUCAUACAUUCAUACAUACACAUGUGCAUCAUGUUUUGACAGUACCGCGACAUCGGUUGAUAGAUGCAUGGACCUCUAAGCUUCUCCGAUUGGAAAGCUCGAGUUAGAGUCCUUUACUCCCGCCUGACGCAUUCAGAGGGAGUGUGUCCGUGGAGGAGCACCCUUCGCCCGACCCCGACGGGAAGAGGGGUGCCUCACCGGCAGAUUACGUUCAGGAGUGUGGACAUCCACUCAUAUAUUAUGAUUAUUCGAAGACACAGGUUCCAGCUAGACAGAGGCAGAGCGCAGGCAAGAAUAUACUUUCUCGAGCAGAUUCGCGCACUCACUACUCAAGAAACUGGGGGACUUGUGUUGGGAUAUAUUAUCCCGGCCUAUUACUGUUCAGGAGCCCAAGACAUUAUCCAGUACGGAGCCCGAGCAGCUAGGCCCAUUUCGGCCCAUUAGGCCCGAUAUUGGCCCGUUUGGCCCAUUAGGGUGGAGAACACCCUUUCCCUUUGUCUAUAAAUAGGGAGCUUAGCCUCCAUGUAAAGGAUCCCCUUUUUGAUCCCUUUUCCUUCUUUCUCCUUCUCUCUAGAAUAGCUUGCAAGACUCCAUUAAUGGGAGCUCAAAAUGUACUUUGUAAUGGUGAGGAGAGUCCUAAUGAGAAUGAGAGGGCUUGGACAUUAGCCUAAAAAGUCCCGUGGUUUUCUCCCUUUCGGGUUUCCACGUAAAAAUAGUUUGUUCAUACACAUUUAUACAUAUAUUUACUAUAUCGUGUUGGAUUAAACUCAACAAUUGAUAUUGUAACAUUAAUGGUUAGGUGGCUAUAUGCUGGUUUAUCUCGCAUGUCAUCCGCUACUGGCCUCGGUGUGUACAGGGAUGCAUUGGAUCGGAUGUCAGAGGACCAGAUCACAUGGAUGCCGUAUAGACCUGAUAUGUUAGCAGAGUUGCCCCCAGCUGGACGAGAGCAGACUCACAUAUGGCGAGCACGUGUGCCGCUGAUAUGUUUUGACAUUGUUGAGCUUCAUUUGCCUGAUAGAGUCAUGCGACAGUUUGGGUUUGAGCAGGUCAUUCCACGUCCUAUCGACACUUAUGUAGAGCUGCAUAAGCUGGAUAGGCGUGGGAAGCAUACAGAGGAUUGGGCACUCAGACAUGUCCGAUACGUGACUAUGUGGGAUAGGAGAGCUGAGCUAGCGGUGGCUGGGACACCCACAUAUGUGCCAUCAGUUUCAGGAGAUUACAUGAGAUGGUACUACAGCAUCACUCGGUUGUUUGUGUCUCCUUCGUUCAGACUCCCUACUCAUCAUUAUCAGCCUAGCUCAUUGGCAUUGCAUCUUACGACCCGAGCUUUGCAGCGCAUACAUCAGCGGGUUACUGCCACUGUGACUGAUAUUCUUGAUGUGGACAUGUAUGGACAGACUCUGACAGGCAUUGCCUCGUUAUGCUCAGAUGUGUUGGGUCGAGUAGACUACGGACAUCUUAUACACAUGCCCGCAUCUCAGGAGAUGGCAUCCACGUCUAGUGCAGCCGCGGCUUCAUCAUCCCAGACGCAACAUGAGAGAGUGGUUCUUCAACCACGACAACGCCGUAGGCGUAGACAUGAGCAGCAACAUCUCCAUGACGAAGCUGAUGAUGGGAACUUGUAGUUUGUCUUUUGUAUUGUAGUUUUUCAUAUGCAAUAGAUGUUGUAGGAACAAUUUACAAGUUUUGAUGUAUUUUCUCUUGUUAAGUAUUCUAUGUUGUAUUGAUGUGUUCGAGUAUGAAUAUUACAUGAUUAUUUGUUAUGGCAUAUAUGAUGAUUGAACUGUGUUAUACCGGU